AUGGACCGCAUAAUAAGAGGCCCUUGGCUUAACUCUGCCCUUGAAGAAAUCGCCAAUGACUCCGACGCACGCAACCGAGAUAUGGCGCGCUAUAGGCAACCUCCCCCGCCCUACACAUCGCCUUGUCGGUCCGCUGCCACCACAGAAUUUGAGGUUCCUGAUUUCGAGGAACCACAAGCCCCACUGACACGAUCGGAGCUCAGGCUCAAGCUCCAGCAUGAGCGAUGUGCUUCAUGUCCCUAUCACCAGUUCAUGGACCAAUGGAAUGAUGGGAGAAGGGAGGUUGAGAACGAAGUCAACAAAAAUAUGCUCAGCGGACGUCUAGAUCCCAUGUACGUGGGCCCGGGCCGCGGUCCUGACAGCAUGAGUCAUCAAAGAGUCAAGGAGAGAUGGGUAGAACAAGGCAUAUGGAGAGACAACUGGAGCGAAAUCCCUAAAUAUGACUGGAAGCACGAAGAGCCUCCCGAGUCUGAUUCGUGUUCUGAUUCGGAAAUCGAAUCUGAGACGCCGGCUUGUGCUGCUCCCUUUUCUUUCAGCUCGAAUCCUCCACGACCGCGACUGCGACCACGACCAAAUAAAUCCGACCAAAAAAUUCGGGAAGCCGCUGAGCGGCGAGAAAUAGGGAGAGGCAUCCGUGAGAAAGAGAGAAACGCCUCCCGUCCGUUCGAGCAGUUCCUCUACCAGCUGCGAAGAGAGAGUAAACGACUGGAGGCCGAUUUAAGAGAUACUGUGACCAUGAAUCUCGAUAUUAAUGCAUUGGCCUUCCAAAAUGUCCAAUGA